GUACUCCCCAUACCAUCUACAACUCUUUUUUGUGGAGUGGGGUUGCAGAGAGCUUCUAGAUUGGAUCAAUGGCUGUUUUCAUGAUGGUUCUUGGCUUGUUUUUCUUGGUGAUCUGUUCUUGCACUGCUCUGCUCAGGUGGAAUGAAGUCAGAUACAGGAAGAAAGGUCUUCCCCGUGGUACCAUGGGUUGGCCUAUCUUUGGAGAAACCACUGAGUUUCUCAGGCAAGGUCCAAACUUCAUGAAGAACCGAAGAGGAAGGUAUGGAAGUUUUUUCAAAUCCCAUAUUUUGGGUUGUCCUACAAUUGUUUCCAUGGAUCCAGAGCUGAACAGAUACAUCCUAAUGAACGAAGCAAAAGGGUUGGUUCCUGGCUACCCUCAAUCCAUGCUUGAUAUCUUAGGAAAAUGUAACAUUGCAGCAGUCCAUGGCUCCACCCAUAAGCACAUGAGAGGAGCUCUGCUUGCUCUCAUUAGCCCUACCAUGAUCAGAGACCAACUCUUGCCCAAAAUAGAUGACUUCAUGAGAACCCACCUCAACAGUUGGGAUAACAGGGUCAUUGACAUUCAUCAAAAGACCAAAGAGAUGGCACUUCUUUCAUCACUUAAGCAAAUUGCCGGGCUCGAAUCCAGCUCAAUGGCUCAACAAUUCAUGCCUGAGUUCUUUAAACUAGUUCUAGGAACCCUGUCUCUUCCUAUCAAUCUCCCUGGAACAAAUUACCGGCGAGGAUUGCAGGCAAGGAAGAAUCUUGUAGGCAUGUUAAGGCAACUGAUACAGGAGAGGAGGGCUUCCAAAGAGUCCCACCAUGACAUGCUAGGUGGACUGAUAAAAAUAGAUGACAAUAAAUACAAGCUAACCGAUGAUGAGAUAAUUGACCAGAUUAUUACAAUUAUGUAUUCUGGUUACGAGACUGUUUCGACUACUUCCAUGAUGGCUAUCAAGUACCUCCAUGAUCAUCCAAAAGUUCUUGAAGAACUAAGAAAAGAACAUUUGGAAAUCAGAGGAAGGAAAAGGCUAGAGGAUCCAAUUGAAUGGAAUGAUCUAAAAUCGUUGAGAUUUACUCGGGCGGUAAUUGUUGAGGCAUCAAGAUUAGCAACAAUUGUGAAUGGUGUUUUGAGAAAAACUACAGAGGAUAUGGAACUUAACGGAUUUGUGAUUCCUAAAGGAUGGAGGAUAUAUGUGUAUACAAGGGAGAUUAAUUAUGACCCUUUUCUGUAUCCUGAUCCUUUAGUCUUCAAUCCAUGGAGAUGGCUGGAUAAGAGCUUGGAAUCUCAGAGUUAUUUCUUCAUUUUUGGAGGGGGCACUAGGAUGUGUCCUGGGAAGGAACUAGGAAUAGCAGAGAUUUCUACUUUCCUUCACUACUUUGUAACUAGAUAUAGAUGGGAAGAAGUUGGAGGAGAUAAAUUGAUGAGAUUUCCAAGGGUGGAGGCACCAAAUGGACUGCAUGUCAGAGUCUCAUCUUGCUGACUGCACCAGCACUGGUUUUUUGUACAGGGGGAGAGGAGAGAGGUAUAACAUAGGUAAAGGGAUAAGUAUGUACAAUAAUGUCUGCUAACAUAUUGUAGAAAAAAUUGAAUCAGAAUUUAAUGACAUUUGAGUCUUUCCAACUUAAGGCCACUAUAAACUGACUGUUACUUACUACUUAUUUUGGCGGGACAAAGAGCAUCUUCCAAAAAUGAAAGGAUGUUCUCGAA